CAAACACAAUCAUUUCAACUCAUUUUUCUCUCUCUCACUCAACACCCUCCAUAACAAAGCCAACUAUGAUUAAUCCUUCAACAUCACCACACAAUGACACAACCAUUGACAUUGAACCCUCAAGUAGAAGGGUGUCUUUUGCUGAGAACCACCCAAAUGAAGAACAGUACCACCCCAACAAUGUUCCCUUGCUCCUCCAGCCAUCUUAUGCAAGAUCAAAGUCCAUUAUCUUUGAUGAACUCAGAAACUUUCGCAUUAGCCUCAAGUGGUGUGCACUUGACCACUCCUCAUGCGUUGGAAAACUCAUUUCCUACGUAUCUUUCAUCUUCUUCACCAUCAUUGUUCCCCUUCUCUCCUCUAUAUUUGUUCAUGUUCCUGCCUCUGCCCCUGAAGAUGAUCCUAUCUCCUUCAACAAACUUGUACAAUUGCCAGAAUCUGCCCUUGCCAUUAUUGCCUUCUUCACUCUCUCAAGUUUCUUCAGAAGGUAUGGCCUUAGGCAGCUUCUGUUCUUAGAUGCUUUGCAAGAAGACACCACAUAUGUUAGACGAGGGUACACAAAGGAGCUUGAGAAGGCUUUUAGAUACUUAGCAUACAUAAUCCUACCCUCCUUCUUUGUGGAACUUGCACACAAAAUCAUAUUCUUUUCAGCUGUUAAAAUCUCAGCACCACAUAUCAGUCCUGGGUUCCCUCUUAAUUCCAUUGUAUUUGUGUUGGUGUUGGUUUCUUGGGUUUAUAGAACUGGUGUGUUUUUGUUGGUGUGUGUGCUUUUCAGGCUUACCUGUGAGCUCCAGAUACUGAGGUUUCAAGGGGUUCAUAAGCUCUUUGAAGGGUGUGGGUCUGAGGCAGGUGUGAUAUUCCAAGAGCAUGUGAGGAUUAGAAGACAGUUAUGGGUCACAAGUCAUAGGUAUAGGUUCUUCAUAAUUGGGUGUGUGGUUACAAUCACUGUUAGUCAAUUGGGUGCUCUGUUGCUGGUUUUGGCUUCCAAGUCUGAUAAGACAUUCUUCAAUUCGGGUGACCUUGUGAUAUGUUCAGCUGUGCAGUUAUGUGGAUUCUUCAUGUGCAUUCUUGGCGCAGCAAGGAUCACACAUAGGGCUCAGGGAAUAGUGUCAAUUGCCACAAGAUGGCACAUGUUGGUGACUACUGCAUCUGCUGAGUCAGAACAGUGCAAAGCUCAGGUUUCUGAAGGGCUAGCCAGUGACAGUGAUUCUGAUGAUUCCUCCAACAUACACAUAUCAGUAAUCCCAAGACAACUUUCUUCUUUCCAAACCAGACAAUCUUUAGUGACAUAUUUACAACACAACCAUGGGGGAAUAACUGUGUAUGGGUAUUCUCUUGAUCGUGGAUUGCUUCAUACUCUGUUUGCCUUUGAGUUUUCUUUGGUGCUUUGGAUUCUGAGUAAAGUGGUUGUUUUGUCCUAACCAAAUAUAAAAAAGGCUUUACAUUUAUUAAGGAAUAUGUAUUAAUAUC